AUGGCGACACCACAACCUCCCUCGGCGCAAACGUCGCCUCCAAAUUCCCCCCAGCCACCGACAGACAACGCAGCAGCGCCCAAGACGCAGACACCCCCAUGGAUGCACAAUGCCGCAAUAGGGGUCGCGAUCCUCGGACCCGUAGCCCUAUUCAUGCCCCCGCGGCGGAUGGGCCUGCAGGCGAUGGUCCUGUCGGGCGGCACCUUCUGGGCGACCAACGUGCUCGCGUACGACUGGACGGGCGAGUCGAUGACGCAACGAUUUGACCGGCGGUGGCAGACCAUGUUCUCGAGCGGCUUGCCUGAGAAGGCGAAGCGGAACUCAGAGCUCAUGCGGAUGGAGAGGGAGAGGAGGGAGGCACUCCUGCCCGAGGCGGAGCGCAAGGCGCUGCAGGAGGCGAGGGAAAAGAAGGAGAUGGCGUCCCGCAGCAUCUUCUCCAAGAUUUGGAUGGGAAGUGAAAAAGAAGACUGGAGGGCCGAGAGGGCCAGGAAGGAGAAGGAGACACUCGAGAACGGGGAGGGCUAUGGCACACUCAUCAUGGAUCAGGUCAAGGAGGUCUUCAGCGGCUCCAAGAAGAGUGAGGCGGAGGGUGGAAAGGAAGAGAAGCCCGAGGACGGCAGAAACAAAACAUAA